AUUCUCUCUCAUGUGCUCACACAACAAAAUAAUAUCUCCAGUUAAGGGGCAUUAGAGAGAGAGUCUACAAGCUGUUUUGUUUAAAGGGUUCUUGUUGGUAAGCUUAAAUUUCCACUCUUUUAGCUGAAUUCUUUGUAAAUUGGACAGUUUUUUUUAUGUUCUUGGAUAGUUUGUACUGCUAAAGAUUCUAUUUUUUGUUGGGGUUGAAGAAGAGAAUAUUAUUUAGUAAAUGACCUAUAUUUUGAGAGGUGGACAUGAGUUGCCUCAGAUCUAUGGAAACCCAAGUUACAUGUGGCAAAAAGGUUCAAUCUUUUUAGGGUUUUCUUGUGAUUCUUGAUCAGUUGUCUGUAUUUUUUUCCUACCCUCCUAGGUUACUUUCCAUGGUUCUUUCGCUUUCCUUUCUUGAAUUCAUGGAUAAGGCUUUGAUUUUGUCUUUUUCCUCAUGUUCUUGUGUAUUUAAGGGUUGGUGGUUGUGGAGUUAGGAUUUACUCUUGUUGGUCUUGAUAUUCUUCUCUUUAAGGGAAUUGCAUGUUUUUUUAGUUCUAGGUACAAAAAAGGACCCAAGUUGGGAUCGUUUUCCAGAUCUCUGUCAUACCAUUGCUUGUCUCACUAACUUUGAGCUUUUUCCACCUUUUGUUUGAUGUUAAUAGUGUACCCUAUGUACUUCUGGUAGUGAGCUUUUUGACUUAGAUUUUCUUGUCCAUUCAAUUUUUCUCUCCUCAUUUUUGUGGAUUCCUACCUCAUUCUCCUUGUGCUUUUAAUUUAGCUGUCUUUCCUCAUUCCUGUGGAUUCCUACCUCAUUUCAUUGUGGUUUCAAUUUAGCUAUUUUACCGCGCUUGUGAAUUUCUCUUUAAAGCAGUCCUACUCUGGUACCGCAGAAGGUGCUGCACGGACUAACGCGGUUGACUCGAUAGUUGGGAGAGAGAUUCAUUUGUGUGGAUUUUGCAUAUUGUUUUGACUAGAAGAAAGAAUUAAUGGAAGAGAUGUCUCCAGCUGUUGCUGUUACUCUCAGCUUAAGCAACUCUAUCUGUUGUGAUAACCCUGCAAUAUCGAACCAUGUAGAUAUCACAAGGCUCAAAUUAGUCACUGACACCGCUAGCUUACUUUCAGAUCCUACUGCAUCUUUGUUGCACACCGAGUCGAAUACCAGUUGGGAUGGAAAUAGCAACGGUAUGAAAAUUGACGUUGGUAGAGUUCCCUUGUUGACCCCAGCAGGAGAAAGUUCCGGAAAAUGUAGUCUACCCCAGACUAUAUUGGGAUCUGAAAACGGCCUGAUUAAUGAUGAAGACGAGAUUUUAUCCGUUGGAGAGGAUCCAAGUAGAAUUAACGGCGAGGAGUUGUUGCCGUUGGGCGCUAACUUACAGUUAAGCUUGCCAAUUGCUGUUGAAAUCGAGGGUAUUGACAAUGGACAAAUUGUUGCCAAAGUCAUAAGUUUGGAGGAAAAGAGUUUUGAGAGAAUGGUCAGUAAUACAGUAGUUGCCCUUCCAGAUGAUGAAAUUACUACAGGCCCUACACUAAAGGCAUCUGUAGUGGCUCUUCCGUUGCCCGGUGAGAAGGAGCAGCCUGUCAAAGAAAGUGUCAAGAGUGUGUUUGAAUUGGAAUGUGUGCCACUCUGGGGUUCUGUAUCUAUCUGUGGAAAGAGACCGGAGAUGGAGGAUGCUCUUAUGGCUGUUCCUAAUUUUAUGAAAAUUCCUAUCAAGAUGUUUAUUGGUGAUCGUGUGAUUGAUGGACUAAGUCAAAGUUUGAGUCACCUCACAUCUCAUUUUUAUGGAGUAUAUGAUGGUCAUGGUGGAUCUCAGGUUGCGGAUUAUUGCUGUAGACGUGUUCAUCUAGCAUUAGUUGAGGAGUUAAAACUUUUCAAAGAUGAUUAUUUGGUGGAUGGAAGCGCAAGGGAUACCCGGCAGGUGCAGUGGGAGAAGGUCUUUACUAAUUGCUUUCUCAAAGUUGACGAUGAAGUUGGGGGAAAGGCGAACGUAGAUCUCUGUGAUGACAACGUAAAUACCUCUGAACCUAUUGCCCCAGAAACUGUUGGGUCCACAGCGGUUGUAGCGGUGAUUUGUUCGUCUCAUAUUAUAGUUGCUAACUGUGGGGAUUCAAGAGCAGUCCUUUAUCGUGGCAAAGAAGCAGUGGCACUGUCAAUCGAUCACAAAGAAAGAAUGCGGUUGAUGCAUUACCAUCUCACUCUUUUACCUUGUAUGUAUUCUUUUACCAGCCAAACAGAGAGGAUGAGUAUGUCAGAAUUGAAGCAUCUGGUGGCAAGGUCAUUCAGUGGAAUGGACAUCGUGUAUUUGGCGUUCUUGCAAUGUCAAGAUCUAUUGGUGACAGAUAUUUGAAACCAUGGAUUAUACCCGAACCAGAAGUUAUGUUUGUACCACGCGCUAGAGAAGACGAAUGCCUAGUUUUAGCCAGUGACGGGUUGUGGGAUGUCAUGACAAAUGAGGAAGUUUGUGAAGUGGCUAGACGACGAAUUCUUC